UUCCGUCGAACUGUGUUGUUGUAGGGGAUCCGUCCCGUCCCGCCGCGACUGAAGUUACGACACCAAGAACACCACCUCUUUGCAGCGGCUGCCCGCACCCACCGCCAUGGCGUCGCGCUUCGCUCCGAGGCUCUUCCUCCGACGCUUACGGAUGCGGAGAAGAGCUCAGCCGAUCUCGUCUCUUCACGAAGCUUCCGCAGAAUCUGCUGGCGUUAUCGGCGAUCGAAUCUUCUCUCCAUCGGGAACUUGGUCACCUCCCGAUUUCCAAUGUGUUUUUAGGGUUUUCUUCUCCGCUCGCCCGUCAUCGCUCGACGAAGGGAAGGGUCCGGCCGCCAUAGAUUACCCAUCUCUUUUGCCGGAAGAGGAGUUCCAUAGGCUGGCAGAUGAGACGAUCCAUGACCUGCUGGAAAAAUUUGAGGAAUAUGGAGAUGCUAUCCAAAUUGAUGAUUACGAAGUGGACUAUGGGAAUCAUGUUUUGACAUUGAAGCUGGGGAGCUUGGGCACGUACGUCAUAAACAAGCAAACUCCAAACAGGCAAAUUUGGUUAUCUUCUCCAGUAAGUGGUCCUUCCAGGUUUGAUUGGGAUGCGAUGUCAAAGACUUGGGUGUACAGGAGGACCAUGGCCAACUUGUUCCAGCUUCUGGAAGAAGAAGUUGGGCAACUCUGUGGGCAACCUAUCAGUCUUCGUUGACCACCGAAUGGAUUGUAUCGUGACAUUUCCUUCCACUGAUCGAUAUCAGUCAGCGGAUGCAUCUCAAACAAGUCCAACCUUCUAAGCGACAUAGGAAUAAUCCGCUGUACGUGGAAUUGAUCUUCCAGUAAGAACACGACCCUCUCUUUUGUAUUUCUUGCCGUCCCCAUUCCUUCAUUACAAAACCUGCAUCCUAUUUUGUCCUCUACGAUGGAAAUCUAGCAGAUACAUCAGGUUUCUCCGAUCAUCAACUGUAGAAUACAUUAAUUAUUACUUGCAUCAACGUUUGGUUGUCCUUAUCACCAUUGAAUCGGUCCCAAGAGUUUUCCUUUCUAUCAA